AUGGCUCAAGAAGAUAUGGAGAAAACUACUUUCAUAACCCCAUGGGGCACUUUCUUCUACAUGGUUAUGCCUUUUAGAUUAAAUAAUGUUUGUGCUACAUACCAACGAGCCAUGGACACUCUCUUUCACAACAUGAUUCAUAGAGAGAUAAAGGUCUAUGUUGACGAUAUGAUAGCCAAAUCUCAAACCGAGGAGGAAUACCUUGUCAAUCUGGAAAAGUUGUUUGAGAGGGUAAGGAAGUUCAAAUUGAGGCUUAAUCCUAAUAAAUGCACGUUUGGGGUAAGAUCCGACAAAUUGAUAGGUUUUAUCGUCAGCCAACAUGGCAAUGAGGUGGAUCCUAAGAAGGUGAAGGACAUACAAGAUAUGCCUCCAGCCAAAACUGAAAAGGUUCAUAUCUCACCUUAUGGCCACUUGUGUGCCGAUCUUCAAACUUCUCUGAAAGGAUCAAGCCUCAUUUGGAACGAUGAUUGCCAAAGAGGUUUUGUGAAGAUCGAGGAGUACUUGCAAGAACCUCCUAUUUUAAUGCCUCAUGUACCCGGAAAACCAUUGAUCAUGUACCUCACCAUCCUCGAGGGAUCUAUGGGAUUUGUCUUUGGCCAACAUGACGAGCCUGGUAAGAAAGAACAUGUAAUAUACUACUUAAGCAAGAAGUUCACCGAUUGUGAGAGUAGAUAUUCAAUGCUUAAAAAGACUUGUUAUGCACUAGCAUGGGCUGCCAAACGCUUAAGACAGUACAUGCUCACUCAUACAACACUGUUGAUCUCUAAGGUGGGCCCUAUUAAAUACAUCUUUGAGAGGCCUGCUCUAACCGAUACAGUAGCCCGAUGGAAAAUGGUGUUAACCGAGAUUUACAUCCAACAUGUCACUCAAAAGGUCAUCAAAGGAAGUAUAUUAUCUGACUAUCUCGCACAACAGCCCUUGGAAGACUACCUAUCCAUGCAUUUUGAAUUUCUUGAUGAAGAUAUCAUGUUGAUUAGGGAUUGCAUCAUCCCCUACCCUGAAGAAGGACCCGAGCCUGGGUCCCGUUGGACUUUGGUUUUUGAUGGAGCUUUUAACGCUCACGGCAAUGGCAUUGGGGCAGUUAUCACCUCCCCAACUGCUCUGGUGAUCAGCCAAGUUAAAGGAGAUUGGGAUACUAGAGAUCACAAGCUCAUUCCUUACAAGGAGCAUGUCUUGAAACUAACCCCUUACUUCGAUGAGACCAUAUUCCAUCGCAUACCUAGAAAGGAGAAUCAGCUAGUUGAUGCCUUGGCAACUUUGGUGUCCAUGUUUAAGGUCAAGUGGAAGAAUGAAGCACCAUUCUUUCACCUCAACUACUUGGACGAGUUUGCUUACUGUUUGGCGGCCAAAGACGGAGCCAAUGGUUAUCCUUGGUUCUAUGACAUCAUAAGAUUCCUAGGAUUCCAAGAAUACUCAAAGGACGCAUCCAUCACUGACAAGAAGUACCUUCAGAAACUGUCUUCCAAGUUCUUCUUAAGUGGAGGGGUAUUGUACAAAAGAAAUUAUGAUUCGGUUUUGCUAAGAUGUGUGAACAAGCAAGAAGCAAACCAAAUCAUUACGGAAAUCCAUGAAGGCUCCUUUGGGACGCAUGUCAGUGGACACACUAUGGUAAAGAAAAUUUUAAGGGCUGGUUAUUAUUGGAUGACUAUGGAGGUUGACUAUCACCUCCGUGUCCAAACAUGCCACAAAUUCCAGAUAUAUGCCGACAAGAUCCAUGUACAGUCAAUGCCACUCAAUGUCUUGACAUCUCCUUGGCCUUUUGUCAUGUGGGGCAUUGGCAUAAUCGGAAGCAUAGAGCCAACUACCUCAAAUGGGCAGCACUUCAUCCUUGUAGCCAUUGACUAUUUUACGAAAUGGGUAGAAUCUGUCUCAUACGCCAACGUUACCAGACAAGGGGUGGCUUGGUUCAUAAGAAAAGAAAUCAUUUAUCGUUAUGGGAUCCCCAAUAAGAUCAUUACUUAUAAUGGAUUUAACCUCAAUAACAAGAUGAUGAAAGAGUUAUGUUGA